CACUUUGAUUGACUAGCCGCGCGGCAAGUAUUUCUUUGUUCUGUGCGCACAGCCAUAAUGCAGAUGUCUGUGCUCUCCCGCCCUUAUCUCAAUGGCUAAGCGGGCAACCUUUUAUUUUCAAACAAUACGAUUCAACGGCGGCUCGAGAGAGGCAGACACUUUUUCCUUUUUCAAAAGCGCGACGAUAUUACGUUGCGUUUUCCACGUGUGACUGAUCAACAAGAGUCGAUCGAUGUGAUAGUCGAACAUCAUCAAUUCUUCCGAUUUUCAUCGAAGUCGACGCGCCUCAUGUUCGCUUCACCGGCCGCUCCGAUUAUGACAAGCCGAGUGGCGAUGACAGCGUUUAAUAGCGCGAGGUCGGCGUGGUGAUCACAUGGCGAGAGAUAAUGCGUGUGUAAUUACGAUUAUCGUCGUCGCGCUCACCGACGGUGGGAACAGUCGUAUUCGGAAAUUCGAAUUGACACUUCGAGGACGUCGGGAAGCGUCAAAGGUACAUCUCGCUAUUUACGAAGAGGAAUGUCGCUGUGAGCGCGUUCGCUCACCGUCGUCCCGAUGUUGUCCGCAACACGUAGCCGACGUUUAGAGUUAACCUAUGAUCGCCGCGGCUCGUCGGUGGGACGAGAGCGUUUGGAAGACUCAGUUAUUAGCUCGAAUCUUUAUCACCCGCGAUAACGAGCUUUUCGUGCUGAGUGAUAUGACUUGAUUAUCAUCCAUUAUUACCCCCACGACACGAACAAGAGUAUGUAUAUAUGAAUGCAGGGAGCAUUGCAGGUAUUGAUGCAGGCCUAGUUUUAUAUGUGAGAGUUAGCUGGAGAUUCCUAUAUAUAGAGGUACUACGAACCGAACGAGCGAAGAAAAUGAUAGUACUGACUGCCUAUUGAUAGACUUUUCUAGUCAACCACAGACGUUGUUCUAUUACAAUGGAUAUCGGCAUUGUCAAAAUUGCUGAAGAUAAGGACUUUGAGAAAUUGAAGCAACUAUACGAUGAUAAUAAUGAUUGGAGAUUAGAUUACAAUAAACCCGACCUAUCGGUUUGGACAAAAUCCGUCCGAGGAAUUAGUUUUAGAAUGGUGAAGAUCAGAACACGUUUUCCCGACGUUACACCAGAAACGCUGUACGAUGUUCUGCAUGAUCCCGAGUAUAGGAAAGUUUGGGAUACUCACAUGAUCGAAUCAAAAGAUAUAGGAUUUUUCAAUCCAAACAAUGAUAUUGGUUAUUAUUCCAUGGCGUGUCCAUCUCCAUUAAAAAACAGAGACUUCGUCCUGCAACGGUCUUGGCUGGAUACCGGUGUAGAGCAAUUGAUACUAAAUCAUUCCGUUUAUCACAAAGAUUAUCCGCCUAGGAAGCACUUUGUACGAGCAACAUCUUACCUCACAGGUUACAUUGUAAGGCCCUCGCGUAACGGAGAUGGUUCCGAGUUGGGUUACGUAUCGCACACGGAUCCACACGGCAAAUUACCCGUGUGGCUGGUGAAUAAGGUUACGCAAAUAUUUGCCCCGAAAAUGGUGAAAAGAUUACAUAAGGCCUCUGUGGGCUACCCAAGCUGGAAGUUAAUUAAUAAUCCAAAUUAUAAGCCAUGGCAUUAUCCCGAGCAAAUAAUGGCACCUAGAAUACGUAUUGAAGAAUGCGUCAAAUCGACGGAAGAGAAGAAUUCGAAGAAUAAUUACGUAGACGAAUCUGACUUGAAGGAAAAUUCGGUUAAAGAAUCUACCGUGAUCGACAGUGAUUAAAGUGUGACGUAAGAAGGAGUUAGGUAAGUAAUAGUAAAAUGAAAUAGAGUUGAUACCACUAAUAACAGUAUUAUGAACGAAGUAACAUAAUAUGGAUACACAAUUUGUACAAUUAUGAAGUUCGAUUUGCAUAUUCCUUAUAUAUAACAAAUUCUAAUUAAUUGUAAUGUUAUACAUUUAUAUAUACGUAUAAUGUUAAAGAGGUGAAAAAAGUUACGUUCAUAAUUAUACAAGAACUCGCCUUACGUGCGGACGUUAAUGUGUGAACGUCAAAUGAUAAAACAUUUAUGGCCUGCUUUGCAUUAGGUACUAAUUUCAAGUCGGAACGAUCGUUGUUGUUAAAGCGCGCAAAACCGACGAGUAUAUGCACAAUACGGAAGGUACACUUUUAAGACUUUUUAUAAUCUUUAAGUAUCUUGAAGCGUGCCUCCGUGCACGCGCGCGUCUCAAAACACUCUUAUACUUGGUUUAUCUUCUAUAUUGUGCAUUUCUCAUAUAUAUAUAUAUAUAUAUAUAAUUGUUAUUUAUUAUAACAAAUCUUCUUAUAAUACGUAUGUGUGUGUGUGUAUGUAUACAUACACAUAUAAAGUUACCGCAAUUUCGUAGCAUCGAGAAAUGUUAUCGUUCAGUUGGCAAGUUUUUCAAUGCUCCGGUGAGCAUCAGAUUCAGCUAGCAUUUCAGUUAAAGCUAUUUGGGAUGUUAUCAAAGAGGACGUGUUGCAAAAAAGAAAGUGGGGAGAACACAUUUUUUCUAUAUAUAUAUAUUAUAUAUAUACACAGAUGUCUAAAUGUUACAAUUUCAAUAUAAAACUAAUAAGCAGUAUAUGUCGGAUAAAAAAACGCCAAUGUACGUCUCAUUCGCGAUGUGAAACCCGAUUAAAAUUCUUCAUUAUAUUCUAGGCAGAUCGUAAUUUUCUCCAUUUCCUAAUAUGUAUUGGUACUCGUGCAUGGGUGCAGUAAAUAGAAGCGACAAAUGCUACCGCAAAAAUUUCUUGAAAAUAGUCCCUUGAAUUUAGAAUUUCUUGAAUUUGGUUAUUUUUAUAUUCAUAUAUGUGCAGAAUUUGCAGCGAACUUGAAGAGUGUAUUUCUAAAAGAAUUUUCACGUAAGAAUUUACACGCAAACAAUACGAGGAUUUACAGCUAGAAAAUAUAACUUCAAAAGUGCAAAGAAUCAAUAGAACUACAGUCAUCGGAGAAAUAUAUGAAUUAUUUACGAUCAAAUUAUUGCCAGAAAAAUUCUUUCGGGAAAUACGCUCGUGAAGUUUGAUUUAGAGAGUCUUAUGGAAUAUGUCGUUAGGGUACAUAUUUCAGGAUAUGAUAAACAAAUAUGUACCAUUUAGAAAUUAAUAACGAGAUCGCCUAGAUAUUCAAUAUUACACAAAUUAUGAAACAUAUAAUUUAUAUUUUAAAUCUCUUCACUCUAUGGAAAGUCUGUAACAUGGCAAAA